GCAUACGUCAAAAUCUUUUUGUUUAUCACAGUUGUGUUUGUUCCCAUAAUCGCCGUUCUAAUCAUGAAAACUCCAAAGAAAUAACUGGCAAAAAUGGAAAACCAAUGCGAAUACGACGAAAACCCCCCAGAAGAAUCCGUCUGCGCGGGCUGUUUGAACCCCUUGCUCGAAGACGAGUUCGUUUCGGCCCUCGACCAAGACUGGCACUCGGAAUGCUUCAGGUGUUCGGCUUGCGACGGGGCCCUGUCGAGCUGGUACUUCGAAAAGGACGGGCUGCUCUUCUGCAAGGACGACUAUUGGUCUCGAUACGGCGAGUCCUGCCAGCAAUGCGGCCAGAUCAUCACGGGCCCCGUGAUGGUGGCGGGCGAGCACAAAUUCCACCCGGAGUGUUUCUGUUGCUGUUCCUGCGGUUCGUUCAUCGGUGAUGGGGACUCGUACGCUUUGGUGGAACGAUCGAAGCUCUAUUGCGGGCAGUGUUACAAACGACAAAUGCAACCGUUGCAGAAAACCGCCGGGUUUCCGUUCGCCCGGAAACCCCAUUCGAUCAGAUUGGUGGAGAUUCCCGGCGGACAAAAGGGCAUUAAAUUAUCGAAGAAUGCCGUGCGAGCUCAGUGUUUAACCAUUUCCGAAUUAGACAUGCACAACGAUUUGAUGUCGUUGCACAUCGGAGAUAAAAUCUUGGAAAUCAACGGAGUGCCCGUGAGAGAUACGCCAAUGGAGAACGUGGAGAAUCUCCUGCGAUACUCCGACACCGUUUUACAACUGACGAUCGAACACGAUCCCGAGGCCGCCCCCGACGAACCGCCCCCCGAAACGCCCCUCGACAAACCCCCCUUGGGUGCUCUCGAAGCUCUCGAAGACCAGGCGGCUGUAAAACGGGAGAACAAAGAGAAGAAAGAGAAGAAAGAGCGGCUGUUCAAACGUCGAGAAGAGGCCGCCGGAUCGUCGAGAAGACAACUCGGCCGCAAGAAAGACGAAGACAGAUCGCUCGAUCGAUGCUUAGACAAAGAAAGGAGCUCAUCGAUGAGCAGACUUUUAGACGAUUCGACGAAUUCGAAGCGAGGCUCCGAACUGUCGAGGGCCUACUCGUUUUUGGAGCCGUUGAGGCCGGAGCAACAGAAGAGGCUUCGGGAGCAACGGGUGUUUAGAGCCAGCGAUCUGAUCAAAGGGGAGCUGUUGGGACGAGGGUUCUUCGGGCAGGUGUACAAGGUCACCACGAGGGACACCGACGAGGUGAUGGUGCUCAAGGAGCUCUAUCGCGUCGACGAGGAGGCGCAGAAGAAUUUUCUCAAAGAGGCGAGAUAUUUUGUUGGAUUUCGAGUAGAGUGGAUUGUGGCGGUGUUGCGGAGCCUCCAUCACGACAACGUGUUGCGAUUCAUCGGGGUGUUGUACAAGGAGCGCCGCCUCCAUUUGGUCACCGAAUACAUAUCGGGCGGCACGUUGACGGAGUUAUUGAGGGACGGCGGGCAGCCGUUACCAUGGGAACAGCGCGUUUCUUUCGCCAAGGACAUCGCCUCGGGCAUGGCCUACUUGCAUUCGAUGAAUAUCAUCCAUCGAGAUUUAAACUCGCACAAUUGCCUCAUCAGAGACGACAAGACGGCCAUCGUGGCCGAUUUCGGCCUCGCCCGAAUCCUGUCGACGAAAGCCGGAGGCGGCGGCGGCGGCGGCGACGGAGGGGGCGGCGGCGCCUGCGCCGCCCACCGGCACGCGACGCGCCGCAAACGCUACACGGUGGUGGGGAAUCCCUAUUGGAUGGCGCCGGAAAUGAUGAAAGGGAAGAAGUACGACGAGAAAGUGGACAUAUUCAGUUUCGGCAUCGUUUUGUGCGAGAUAAUCGGACGAGUCGAGGCCGAUCCCGAUAUAAUGCCCCGCUCGGACGAUUUCGGCCUCAAUCAGCACGUUUUCAUGGAGAAAUUCUGCUCCUCCUGUCCGGAGGCCUUUUACAAAAUAGCCUUUCUGUGCACCGAUCUCAAUCCGGACAAAAGGCCCCCGUUCGAAGUGAUGGAAGUCUGGCUGGAGUCUCUGUCGAUGCACCUGUCGGUGGGGGCCCCCCUGCCCCACGAUCUGCUCGCCGACAUCGGUCGAUACGGGUGCUUGAGCCCCUGCUCGUCGGGCAGCGCCACCCCCGAGGGCCCCCUUUUGCACCCCAUCGGCGAGGGAAAAGUGACCGCCCGGCUCGGGGACGAUGUGGGGAUUCCCUGGGACGCCGGUUGCCCCCGUUCGGCGCCACCUUUGAUCAAAAUAACCUCGAAUUCGGAGGAUAUCGAGGGGAGAAUCCCCGAGCCGGAGAAGGACGAGAGUAGGCCCCGUUUGGGGCAAUCUUCGGAGCAUCCUGAGGUCAAAAUGCGCCUCAAUUUGCGCUCGAAAGGGUCGCAGAAGGAGGUAAAACAGAAUGGCGGGGAACAAAGCCCCUGCAAAACGACCAAUUUGCAUAUGGAGAAGAUGAACGAGACUAGUGUGGAGAAGAGCCCCACCAAAACGACGAAUUUGAACUUGCAGAGCUUGUCUCCGGAGGCUUCGCCGGUCACCAGGAAGUUCGUGGGGCUGUCGCAAGGGGCUAAAAGGGACAAGAAACCUUGGUUGUUGUCCAAAUUGGCCCCCAAAGUGACCGUCGGGUUGCAGGCGUGUCCGACGGGUGGGUUUCCCGAUAGUUUGAACAGCGUGACCGGCAAGAGUGCCGGUAAAAGGCCGUUUUUUAUGGGGGGCGGAGGCAAUUCGGGCGGCGGGGGAUCGGUGAGGACCAUGGUGGAGGGGUGGAACGCCAUAGGGGGGUUGGGGAGGUGCAAUUUCGGGCGGUAUUCGUUGAAAGUGGGGGGCGUUUCGAAGGAGGGGGACGUGGUGGGGAAGAAGAGGGGCGAACAGGGGAAGUUUGGGGUGUUGUGAGGGGUUUUGAAGGGGAUUUUGAGUGUCGAUGGGUGGAAAAUUUGAGAAGAUUGAAGAGCAAAGGGAGUUUGAGGUAUUGGAGGAAAUUUGGUGCUUUAAAGGAGCUUUUUUUUUACGCUGUAUAAUGUAAAAUUGAGGUUAUAAUUUUUAUUCGAAUAGUUACUCGAAUAUAUAUCCCAUGGGAUUUGUUUUUUUGGUGAAUAUUUUAUUAAUGAAAAUAUAUCCCAUGGGAGUGGUUUUGUUUUAUUUUCUCCAAAUGGAAAAUUAAUGUAAUUAAUUAUUAAUGCUGUGAUACAAUAUUAGUAUUUACACCAUAAGCAUUCCGAAUAUUUUAUUUGAUAUUCCAAUUUUUGUGCCUAGCAUUUUGAAUGUAAUUUAAAUGUGAUAUAUAUUUUUUUUAUUUCCUACGGAUUUUUUUUAUUAUAUUUUACAUUACGCACAAAUUAUAACAUAGUAUAUUUUAUUAAUUGUAUAGUUGUAAUAUAGUUUUUUAGAUGCUCUAUUUACCGUUUAUAAGGUUUUUUUUACUUAUUUUUUUUUAUAUAUAUU